AUGUUGCAUACCUAUACGCGAUUAUCGUUGUACAAGCAAAAGAGGCCGUUGAUGACUUGGGUACGUAGCACCAUUGUAUUUACUACUCCAUUAUUAUCUGAUGAUUCGGGUACAGUAAAGGGGUCGAGCAACACGGAUUUCUUACCUUGGCACGGGAGGGCUGAGAAGAAGCAGCCUAACAAGGAAAAGUCGCGGUCGCCAUACGUCUCGAUGAAGAGGCGGGUGGCGCCGGAUCGGGAACGAGCGCGGCGGCGGUGCGCCUUGGAAAACGACGGGUCGGAGAUGGUGGAUCGCCAGUGCUUCGAAACGGAAAAGCGAAAAUUUGAUCUGCAAAAUAUAAUGGAAGAUGAAGCGUUCGUCAAUUGUAGUCACUUCUACUCAAUGGGCAAGACAAUUCAUUUAGCUGGGUUUUCUGGCCUUGUGGAUGCGGAAACAGUCAAGGAAUUCGUAGAGGGAUACACAGGCAGAGGAACUGUGUAUGCUCUAGAGGUUAGAGAGCCCAAAAGGCAACCGUCAGGAUCAAGAUCAUAUGCAAUUGUUCAAUUCAAAAAUGCCGCAAGUGCUGAUUGUAUUACCCUCGUGCCUAGUAGAAAUUUAACAUUUGGUACCAGUGCUUUGAAGGUUUUCCAAGUGAAGGAUUUAAUGAAGCCAAUGGAAUAUCUGCAUGAAAUGGAAGGUGUUGUUAUACAUUUUGGAUGUCUGAUAGCAAAGGAAAAGUUUUCAACGAUGUGGAGGAUGCAAGAUAUCUCUGUGAAAUUCGGUUUGGAACUGAAAGAGCUGUAUUUCUUCCUGUCGGACUGUUCUGUUGACUAUAAGCUGGUGUUAUUUCGUCAGAACGUAAGGCAGAUUGAGCUACAUUGCCCAAAUGAUCAGAAGAAGUUUCUUGUCUUUCAGAUGUUCCAUAGGCUAAGCAUUCUUUGUGAUUCUGCCCAUCCUAAUUUUGUCCCAGACAUGCUGCAAUCUAUGGAGUUUAUUAGUUUGCUCACCCACAAUAUCUUUAUUCUCCAAACAUCUUGUUCGUUCAAUUUGUAUGGCGCUCCUCGAAUAUACAAGAAAAGAGAAAAAUCAGUUUUGAGAUACUAUCAAGAAGCUCCUGAAGACCAAUGGCUUAGGGUGACUGAUUUUACCCAGAUGAAGUGCAUAGGCCAGUCAUAUGGUAUAUGUCUAGAGUUUUCUUCUGAUCUCCCGUUGAAUGUACUUCAAUUUGAUCGCAAACAUGGGUCAUUCUAUCUUCAGGAUGGUUGCUCAUUCUGUAGCAAUUUAGGCUUAGUGCCUAUCAUAAGUCCACCUGGGGAAAUCGAUUUGCCGUACGAAAUCUUGUUUAGGAUUUGUUUGUUGAUACACCGGGGAUGUCUCGCAGGCCCAACUCUUGAUAUUGACUUCUUUAAGCUAGUCGAACCUAGAGAACAUGGCCCAUUGUGUGUUCAACACGCCCUUGAUAAGCUAGUUCAACUCAAGGAAUGUUGCUAUGAUCCUCUUACGUGGCUACAUGAGCAAUAUAGAGAAUAUCGGGCUGUAAAUCCUCGACCUUCUCUUACAGCCACUAUGAACUUGGAUGACAAAGGAUUGGUAUACAUUCAGAAGGUCCGAAUAACUCCCUGCAAAGUGUAUUUUUCGGGGCCAGAAGUAAACAUGUCAAAUAGGGUGCUACGCCAAUACCGAGAUGACAUCAGCAAUUUUCUACGGGUUUCGUUCCUCGAUGAAGAGAUGGGUAAACUAUUUCACAAAGAUUUAUUACCUGGAAUAGGUUCUUCUAGUGAGGAAAGAAGAACCAGCAUCUACGGGAGGGUUCUUGCAACUCUCAAAGACGGUAUUAUAAUCGGCGAGAAGAAGUUCGAUUUUCUAGCGUAUUCAUCAAGUCAGUUGAGAGACAAUUCUGCAUGGAUGUUUGCUUCAAGAGAAGGCCUUACUGCUGAUGAUUUAAGACGGUGGCUAGGUGAUUUUAGCCAAAUUCGAAAUGUCGGAAAAUAUUCCGCGAGACUCGGACAAUCUUUUAGUUCCUCUAUGGAAACUGUGAGUGUUGGUGCCGAUGAAAUUGAAGUCAUACCUGAUGUCGUGGUUGAAACAGGUGGAAUCACUUAUGUUUUCUCUGACGGAAUCGGUAAGAUAUCUAGUCAUUUUUCCCAGGAAGUAGCCAAAAAAUGUGGCCUUGAAAAUUCACCUCCUUCUGCUUUUCAAAUUAGAUAUGGUGGGUACAAAGGGGUGGUGGCUACUGAUCCAACAUCAUCAAAAAAGAUGUCCUUGAGACCGAGCAUGUCAAAGUAUACAUCUGAUAACACAAGUUUAGACGUCUUGUCGUGGAGCAAGUAUUUACCGUUUUUCUUGAAUCGGCAAUUGAUAACUUUGUUGUCCAGCCUUGGGGUUGAGGAUCAUAUCUUUGAAAAAAAGCAAAGGGAAGCCAUUGAACUAAUUGACACCAUGUUAACAGAUCCCUUAAAGGCUCUGGAAUUUCUGAAAUCAGUAGUUCCAAGAGAGAUUAGUGAGGUUCUCAAGAAAAUGGUGGAGUGUGGCUACCAGCCGAAUGAAGAACCCUUUCUCUCGAUGAUGCUACGAGCAAUUCGGGAGGGGAGGUUACUCGAAGUGCAGACCAGAGGAAAGAUAUUCAUUCAGAGCGGAAGGAAUAUGAUGGGCUGUCUCGAUGAGUAUGCGAUUUUGGAGUACGGGGAAGUAUUUUUGCAGAUUUCAGACACAGAGCACCGUUUCUGUAUUUUGGGGGAUGUAUUCGUUGCUAAAAGCCCGUGUUUGCACCCGGGGGAUGUUCGCGUGUUGAAGGCGGUUGAGGUAUCAACUUUGAAACAUCUGAUGGAUUGCAUUGUUUUCCCACAGAAAGGUAGCAGACCUCAUCCAAAUGAAUGUUCGGGGAGUGAUUUGGAUGGAGACUUGUAUUACGUAUGUUGGGACCCUGAGUUGAUUCCACCGCAGCAGAUGGAACCCACGGAUUAUACCCCUGCACAAAGUACAGUGUUGGAUCAUGAGGUUACAAUUGAGGAAGUCAUAGAGUUCUUCACAAACUUCAUAGGCAAUGAUAAAGUGGGACUUUUCUCAAAUGCUCAUACAGCUUUUGCAGACGGAGAACCAGAACAGGCGAAGAGCAAUCGUUGUACAAGGCUGGCGAGGCUAUGCUCUCUCGCACUUGACUUCCCAAAGUCAGGUGUGCCUAUCGAGAUACCUAAUGAUUUAUGGGUCACAGAAUAUCCUGAUUUCAUGGAAAAGCCCAACAAACCUGUAUAUAUAUCAGAGCGUGUCCUUGGAAAGCUCUACCGUCAAUCAAAGGCAAUUUCCCGCCAGUCAAGUUUGGAAGUGGCACAGCAAUUCUAUGAUAGCAGAUUGGAAGUUGAUGGUUUUGAGGUUCACUUAGAUGAUGCGCUUAGAUGCAAAAUCGCCUACAAUAAAAGAUUGGGAAGACUAAUGGAUUUCUACGGGAUUGAAACAGAAGCCGAGAUCAUUAGUGGCAAUAUUUUGACAAUGUCGAAACCUUUCCACCGGAAAAACGAUUCGGAAGAAGUUAGAUUGGCCGUGGAGUCAUUGUGGAGAGAAGUUAGAACUUGGCUCAAAGAUGGAGAUGAAGAUGAAGAUGGUGUUGAUAAAAAAGCCUCGGCGUGGUACUAUGUCACUUAUCACGAGAGUUAUUCGUGUCACAGGGGAACAAAUCACGAGAAUUUCAUUAGUUUCCCUUGGUGCAUUUGUGACCGGUUGAUCCAAAUCAUGAAGGUUAAUGAAGGCUCUACAAGUGGUCUCCAAGAGAAUUUGGAUAGAAAAACGGCAUUACACGACUUUAUUUAGUUUUUUGUCAAUUUGAAGCAUAUAUCUGUAUAGUACUGGCAGAAUGUUUGUUGUACUGAUAUCUGGUUUCUUUUUCUAAUGUACUUUGCAUUCUGCAAAAUUUCGAAUUGGUUUUAUAUUGAGCUCUAGUUCAGUAUGGAUGGCCUAAAAUUUAUCGAAUUAGUGGUU